AUGACUCGCAAGGUUUUGGAGGAGCCAGCCGGCUUCGAAUCAGCCUGCAUAAGCCUGGAGGUGAUCCCCGACGCCAUGUUCGUGCAAGGCUUCGAGUUCCCGCCGCUGCCGCUUCGCAAGUUGCUUUGCUACCCCGAGCCUGCUGAAGGAGAUGUGGAGUUGGUGCUGUCCCUGGUGGGCUUGCAGUCCCUGCUUCCCUCGGCCGAGCGAGCGGCCAACUGGGAGGAGCUCCUGUCUCAGGAGCAGCAGCAGCGGUUGUCCUUCGCCCGCGUGCUCCUGCGAGGCCCUGGCCUGGCGGUGCUGGACGAGCCCCUGGCAAAUCUCGAAGCCGAGGACGCGUGCCGACUGCUGCAGCAACUCCCGGCAGAGACGGCACUGCUCACCUUGUCCAGGACCCGGCGCCUCGCACCCGCGCACACGCGGGUGUUGGAGUUGGAGGUGCCGAGCGUGGAGACAUGGGUGCCCUCCACCUCCGAAAAGCGGAAGCCGGUCGGACGGCCCGCGCGCUUGGGUCACAGGUCCGCCGUCGGCAUCAAGAGCCCGGAGUGA